AGAUCAUAUCCCAAAUCUGGCCAUAAGGGACAGACGAAAUUAAAUCAACCAGUAGUUAGAACAUUAGCAGAAUUUAAUGACAUGUAUGCAAACCCCAAAAAUACAUUUAAUUUUCUAAAACAUAUAAAUCAUUA